AUGGAUUCUUCCUUCUUUCAUCACCACCAAAUUUCAGGAUUCUCACUUGAGCCAUCACCAUUCGAUUCACUGGAGUGUUUUUCUCCAUGGGAUGAGCCUCUUUUCAGUGAUAAUUCACUUCCAUUCAAUAUAAAUGGCUCCAAAGAGAUGUUACCGGAGGGAGCUACAGACUCAUCUCAGCCGGUAUCAUCUGCAGGAGCCAAGGAGGAUGAGGAGAGUUCCAAUGCCAAAGAGGCAGCAAUAUCCAAGGAUGAAAAGUCGUAUAGAGGUGUUAGGAGGCGGCCAUGGGGGAAGUUUGCUGCCGAGAUAAGGGACUCAAAUAGGCAUGGCAGGAGAGUGUGGCUUGGAACAUUUGAUACCUCAGAGGAUGCUGCUUUGGCAUAUGACCGAGCUGCAUAUUUGAUGAGGGGGUCAAUGGCCAUCCUCAAUUUUCCUGUAGAGCGCGUUAAGGAGUCACUCAGAGACAUGAAGCAUGACCAUGAGGAUGGUGGGUCGCCGGUGCCGGUACCGGCACCAGAGUGUGGACGCUCAAAGGGGAGAAAAUCAGCUAAUGGAAAAAAUGAAGACAAGGAUGUAAGCCCACGGGAUGUUCUGGUGUUGGAGGACUUAGGAGCUGAUUAUUUGGAGCAGCUCUUGUGUUCAUCAGGAAGCUACUGA